AUGACCGCCAUCAAAGAAGCAACUAUCUACGUUGAAUCCACCCACAUAAAAAAAGCUCUUAUCACAAGCGACUCUCUCAGUGCCUUAACUUCCUUACUAUCUCCUAAUCCGUCCAAUGAAAUCUCUCAACAAAUAAUCAAUAUUAUAGCUAACUCAAAAAAUACUAUAGAGUUUAUGUGGGUCCCGUCACAUACUGGUAUCAAAGGCAACGAAGAAGUCGACCUACUAGCGAACCAAGCUAUAUCAUCCACUAAAUCAACUGUUAUAAAUUCGCUACCAUAUAAAGACCUAUCAAGAAUAAUCAACCUAAUCUCAAACAAACAAUUACAAUCACAAUGGGACCGCACCUCGGAUAACAAAUUAAAAAAUAUAAAAAAAACCAUACAGAAAUGGCGAUCCCCCUUAAACACAACACGUAAAGCAGAUAUCGUCACAACUAGAGCCAGAAUUGGCCACACACAUCUCACCCAUUCUUUCCUUUUCAACCAUGAUGAACAUCCAACCUGCCAUCAAUGUGACCUACCACUGACAAUUGAACAUCUCACACUCAGCUGCACCAAGUACAACCAUGAACGAAGCAUCUUAAACUUCCCCUCCAACAUCGAAGAAGCACUCGGUGAAACCAACACCGAUGCCAUCUUCAACUUUUUUAAUGCCAUCAAAGUAUCCAACCUAUUAUAA